AUGUUGGAAAGCUCGCAAAGCAGCCAUAAGGUACUACGCAAAUGGAACAGCUGUGCAGAGCACUUGAAUUUGCCUGCGGAGCCUGUGGCGGCGGUGCGGCGGCUUCAUAUCUAUGACUUCGACAAUACGCUGUUCAAGUCGCCUGCACCGAACCCGAACAUCCUCGCGCCCGAUCUGGUGCGUGCGCUGGUGAACUGCGAGCGGUUCAGCAACGGCGGAUGGUGGUCUGAGAGACGCUUCCUGGCCGCUGCGGUGGAAGAAUGGGAGCAGCGUGGCAGCGGUGCGGACAAGGAGUUUUGGAAUCUGGACGUGGUCGCGCUUGCGCACCUUUCGGCCAAGGAGCGCGGAACAGUGUCCGUGCUGAUGACAGGGCGUCGCGAGGUGGUGUUCUCCGAGCUGAUUGGGGAGCUGCUGCGGCGACCUGUGGACGGGGAGUGCCUGUGCUUCAACGCUGUGCUGCUGAAGAAAGAGGGCCACCGCAGCACACUAGCAUACAAAACCGCCUGCAUGAAGGACCUACUGGAUGCAUACCCGGCACUCGAGGAGAUUACGAUCUACGACGACCGCCCAUGGCAGCUGGCCGGCUUCCGGACGUUUUUGAACGAGUAUGUGACGGCUGUGAACAACCGCCUCACUCCUAAUCUCGUGCAUAUCCCCGGGGAGAUUAGGUAUCUGGAGCCACGCAAGGAGGUCGCGAUCAUCACUGCAGUUGUAGAGGAGCAUAACCGAGAUGUCGACCUGCUGCGCAAUGGGCGGCAAAAGAAGCUUCCCGGGAAAUCGUACUUCUACCUCGAGAAAGCGUCGAUCCGAGAAGUUAUAUCAUUUGUGGGGCAUUACAUCACCAUCGAGAGUCGGAAGCGCAUCAUGGAGCACAUCACCCAGAACUUCACGCAUGUAUUUGGUUCAACCAAUGAGGAGCUGGAUCAGUAUGUCUUUGACCCGAGCUUCAUUCCCGCCACUAAGCUACACACACUGCCAUCAAAAGUGAUGGUAGGUCAGUUCAUCGUCGGCCGCAAAGCCUACACUGCCACCGACGAGGCUGCGUUCGCAAGAUACGCAGAGGAGUUCAACGACCUGAAGACCCGUGUGUACGUGCAGUUCCGGCUGAAGCGCUUCGGCAAGGUCGACCACAGUGCAUUCUACGUGGAGGUAGAGCCGGUGCCGCCCGAGCGAAUCGUGAAAUCUGACUCUGUUGAAACAACAGCAUUCUACCUGGGCCAGCGCGUGGGGUCCCAGCUGCAGUCCAGUAUCCACGACCCGGCAUCCUUCCCCGAGAGCAUCGAGUGGGAAGACAUCGAGCAGGAGGUGUACAUCGAUACUGAGCUACAAUACAAUUACAAGUACCACCUCUGUUCCUUCAAGAAGCAUAGGAAGCAAAAGCAUCACAAAUAG